ACAUCAACUUCACUCCCAAAUUAUUUGACCGACGCACAAUUGCUAGCAUCACUUAAAAUGCUCUCCGUUGAAAUCUUCGCCUGAUUUAAGACUAGCAAUUAGAAGUAGGUGUUUUUACCGGUUUGUAUGUAUUAGGUAUUGCGUCUGCAGACCGCACACCUUGUUUGCUACGUAGGCGUUAGGUGUUGGAUCUGUUAGAUCAUUGGAUUAGCUCUUGCCUUCUCUUGUUUACUCUAUUCUGGGAACUGUUCUAUUUCCAUAUCUUUUUCCAGUUUAGACAUGUCUAUCUUGAGCAAAAACGUUAGCGGCAACAUGGGCACUCCCUCUUUCUAUGAAAUGAAAAGGCAAGCCUCUUUCUUUUUCAAAGAGAAAAUCAAGACCGCUAGAUUGGCUCUUACAGAUGCCACGCCUGCACAAUUAAUGACAGAAGAAGCUACAGGUGGGAAUACAUGGGCGCCAGAAAUGCCUACCCUGCGUUCCAUUUCAAGGGCUGCUUUUGAACUAGAUGAUUAUACGAGAAUUGUGGAGAUUCUGCACAAAAGAUUCCUGAAGUUUGAAAGAAAGAACUGGAGGGUCUCUUACAAUUCCCUGAUUGUACUUGAGCAUUUGUUGACUCGUGGACCAGAGAGUGUUGCAGGAGAAUUUCAAAGUGACAAAGAUUUUAUUAGUGAAAUGGAAAGCUUUCAGUAUAUAGAUGAAAAAGGAUUUAAUUGGGGCCUUGCUGUUAGAAAAAAAGCAGAAAGAGUAAUGAAGCUGCUUGAGAAAGGCCCUCUUCUCAAAGAAGAGAGAGACAGAGCUCGGAGUGUAACAAGAGGGAUUCAAGGUUUUGGGAGCUUUAGCCAGCGGUCAUUUCCAGCACCAGGCAUGCUUACAGAAUCAUCUUCAGUAACAACAUUUGGAAGGUCUAAUUCUCAGUUCAACAGUCAAGAAAAUGAGGAAAGCCAGAUUUCAACCUCUAACAAAGGGUUGACCAAAGAAGUUAAACUAUCAGAGCAAAACAUUAAGGACAUAACGUUUGAGUCUGGAAAUAAAAUGGUGAAUGAGAAACCCAGGGGCAGUUUGUUCGCUGGCCAGGUGCUCGAGUCAGCUGAAACUCAGACCAGUUUCAAAGAAAACAUGGCUCCUAACCAGGAAGAGUUGCACAGAUGGAACUUCACAGGAGAGUCUAACCUACUCCUGGAUGGUAAGAAAGAUGAACCCGGGGCUGAGAUGUCCAUAGAAGAAGACCAUCCCUUUAAUAGGACUGAGAAUCAAACCAGUGCCUCCCUGCUUUUGUAGAUUCCCCCCAAAUGAACUGUGCUGCAAUCCAUAAUCAAAACUACCUCAGUUUGGGUUGUUCCUGUCAUCAUGUGUGUGGGUAUUACUACUCUUUUGUGAUUGUUCAAAAUGAAGAGAGACGAUGUCAUUGAGAUUCUUGAAACUCUUUCCAUGGUAGUUUCAAGUCAGGGAAAUUUAUGAUUUUCGUUCUCUUUCAAAUGUGAGGAUUCCUAACCAUAUUGUUUAAUCCAUGAUGGUUGUGUGUAACAAUAGGCUGAAGUUCAGGUUUUGAAAGAAAUUUAUGAUGAUGCUAAAUGGAGUUGCUUUUA